AUGCCUCGCACCAGAGCAAAUCAGCGUAGCCAAACAGCCCAGUCACGCACGGCACCGGCGGCGUCACGGCGAGGCCGUUCUUCCGUCGCACCAGUCAAGAAGUCGAUCGCGUGCUCUAGAUGUCAUGCACAAAAGAGUCGGUGUUCCGGAGGGACGCCGUGUGCGAAGUGCCUAUCGGCAGGGUACGGCGAACAGUGCCAAUAUGUUUCCCGAGAUCGCAUGGUCCGGGUAAGCGAGAGUUACCUAGAGCAACUACAUCGCGACAGCCAAGAGCUUCACAACGACCGCGUUCCAGCACAAAACCAGCACACUCCAGCGCGUGCUGCUCCACAAACUCAAUCGAGUGAACCUGUCGCAAGCUUACAGUCUAAUAUUUUUUCGGAGAAAUUCCCCUCCUCUACCAAAGCAGACUCGGUCUUACCUAUACAUAUUGGCGAGACAGCCGCUACAGUAUUCGCUGCGCGAGUGUGCCAGUGCGUUGGCGGCUCGGAAACCUCGACGCACUCUCUUCGGUGGAACUAUGUCGACGAGGCAGAUCUUGCGAUUCUUCUCAAGGAAGACACACCAUGGCCGAGCCUGGCGCAAGCUAGACUUUUGGUACAGACGGCACUCACACAUGUGAACCCAGCAUUUCAUCUUGCGCUACGGAAAGAUACAUUGCACCUGCUAAAUGACGUGUACAAAAAGAGGAGUUUUAGCAACGUUGGUAUAAAAAGCAAAUAUUUUGCGCUCUUUGCGCUUGGGAGAUUAUAUUCCACGUCUCCCUAUUCUGGAGACUCGGCCAUACCGGGUUCGGCGUAUUUUGCUCAGGCUUUGAGCUUGAUGCACAUCCCGCCUGAGCGACCGAGCAUAAUGCAUUUAGAGGCAAUGCUAUCCGUGGCUUUAUUUUACCAAUACCUGAACCGGUUUCACUCCGCAUAUUCCCUAGUAGGAAACGCCUUGCGACUCGCACUAAGCUUCCGCUUGAACUACAAUACAUCCAACGGCAGCUUGAGCGCGGUGAAUCGAGAGCACCGUGUGCGCUUAUGGUGGUCAAUCUACAUUAUGGACCGCUUCUGGGGUCUCCGUUCUGGUCUGCCAGUACAGGUCAGCGACGACGAUAUUCACGUCAGCUUGCCCAAGACUCCCGCCGGUGACAUGCAAAGAGAGCAGUUCUUGGACCCGGCGCUGCAAAUUGCUGGCAUUGGACUGGCGCGAUUGGCCGGUACUAUCUCGCAAGACUUGUAUGGGCCGAAGAAAAAAGACGAAAACUUUAUGCAACGAGAACAAAAGCUUUUGGCCCUUUCCCAGCAGUGGGUAGAAGCGCUGCCCGGGCACCUGAGACUCCUUUCAUUCGGACCUAGCCCGAAAACUAUUACUGUGAUGCAUCUACAAUUAAACUACUGCAUCAUGCUUGCUAUCAGCCCGGCGUUGCUUCAUAUGCUGUCGAGCAAAGCAGAAACGGGCUCUGAUGCAUUCCAUACAUCACCAGCUAUAUCGAAAAUUCGGGAGGUCUGCGUUCAUACUGCUAAACAUUCUUUCGCCCUAUGCGUAGAAGCUUGGACCAGUGGAUCGAUCGGCAUGUUUAGCUACGAUUUUCCUGGCUUUCUCUUUACUGCGGCGUUGGCUCUCCUCGUCUCUGCCUACAUCCAGAAAGAGACAAUUGUGGGUAUUACUGCCAUUGACACUGUGAACGAAGUGCUGCAAAAGCUCGCAGAUUCUGGCAAUCUGUCUGCUCGGGAUUUCUUAGACCACCUCAACUUUGUCAUCAAGUGUUUCGAGGAAGCCAGCAUUAAGUCGUCGAGACCGGCCGCUGAACUAGCCCUCCAGCAAGAUGACGACGUGUCUGUGUCUCUGUCGAGACCUGCCUCUGAUUCUUUGCGACCUUCACAUGAAGUUUGCAAUGAUGGAUUUGAUGUUUUCGGAAACAUUGCCUCCACGUUCUUAGAUGCGGGCGCGAUUGCGACGCAGUCGGGUUUCAACCAGGCUAGUAUGCAGGACUUCCUUGCCCAAGCUGACACAAGUCUCACACAUGAUGGCUCAACGUUUCUCGACGACCCAAUGUUAUCAUUUUGGUGGCUUGAUAAACCUUUAUAUAUCGAAUAA